CCGUUUGUCCGUUUCGUAUCUUCUUACUAUUUCUGAAUCAAAUUGCAAGAAAACCAUCAUUCUGCCCUGGGAUCGAGGAAAGAAAAAUGAUUAAGGAAGUUAAAAAAGUGGGAAACCAAAGCUGAAGUCCUGAAUCAUUCUUGUAAAGGAAAGCAAGCGGUGAAUUAGUUAAUUUGACAUCAGAUUUAAUCAACAAAAGGUAAUAAUUGAUUAAAAAAAUUUAACGUUAAACAUUCUUUAAGCAAAAAAGACGAAGAAAGUGGGUUGGAAGAUGCUCUCACCAGCUACUGAAUCGAUAUCAAAUAAAUCUGCCACGAAAAUCGGACCAGAUGUCUUGCAGGAAAUAAAAGAACAGUUCAACUUAUUUUGCGCAAAUGAACAAGAUUUCAUAAAAGUGGAAAGUAUUCAAAACCUUUUGGCCGCGUGUGGAGAAAAAAUACCGGCAUUCAAAAUAAGACAGAAGUUGCCUGAGCUUCAGUUGUCAUCAAGCGACAAAAUAUACUUUCACGACUUUCAAGGGAUAUUUGAAGCGCUAGCAUCGAAAAAGCUAUGCACAGAACUUGUUCCAUUAACAAAGAAGGCGAGUAUGCAGCUGACAGGUGGGGCAUCUUGUGUUUCAUCGCUAGGAACCCAGCAUUCUUAUGAUGAUGACGACAAAGUUGCAUUCACAGAAUGGGUUAAUCUUGCAUUGGAAAAAUGUUCUGACGUUGCAAAAUAUCUUCCCAUUGAUAUGAAUUCACCAACGGCACUUUUCGAGGCAAUAAAAGAUGGGAUCAUUUUGUGCAAAUUAAUAAACUGGGCCUCGCCUGGUACGAUUGACGAAAGAGCAAUAAAUAAAAGUAAACUGAACGUGUACACUAUUCAUGAAAAUUUGACUUUGGCCCUAAACUCGGCUACCUCAAUCGGUUGCAAUCUGGUUAACAUUGGACCAGAGGAUGUUUUACGUGGAGCACCUCACUUGGUCCUUGGUUUGCUUUGGCAAAUUCUUCGGGUUGGUUUGCUCACAAAUUCUGGCGUGAAAAAUGUUGGAGGCUUCCAAGUUCUGCUCGAAGCUUGGGAAACGGAAGACGAUCUGCUGAGAAUGACGUCAGAGGACAUUUUGAUAAGAUGGGUUAACUAUCAUCUGAAACAAGCUGGAUCCACUAGGACGAUAAAAAAUUUUGCAAGUGACCUAAAGGACUCUGAAGUUUAUUCAAUUCUUUUCAGUCAGAUCUUCCCAGAGAAAGACAAAUUGAUCCUGGAAUUAGCAGAAAUCAAAACAAGUGAAGACUUGCUGAUAAGGGCCCAAAUAAUUAUUGACGCUGCUGUGCAAAUGAAAUGUAGAAGGUUUAUACGAGCAAGAGACAUAGUAAAUGAAAAUUCCAAGUUGAACCUCGCCUUCCUUUGCAAUUGUUUUAAACUCUUCCCUGGUCUUGAAAUGCAAGAAAAAAGCGAAGAAGAAGAGGAGACGUUGUACGAGACACGGGAGGAAAAGACCUUUAGAAAUUGGAUAAACAGUCUCGGAGCGGAGCCGUUCGUUUCUGAUUUGCACCAUGAAUUGCAAGAUGGUUGGGCACUUUUGCAAGUUCUAGGCAUUAUUUCAGAACGAAAUUCAAGGGCUUUCAAUCUGAAGCGGUUCAACAAACCGCCAUUCAAGAAAAAUGGAGCCCAAAUGAAAAGGCUUGAAAAUUGCAACGAGGUCGUUAAGAUUUGCACUGGAAUGAGAAUGUCAACAAUUGGCAUUGCUGGAUCUGAUAUUGCCAAUGGAAACCUAAAACUCACCUUGGCAAUAGUUUGGCAAAUGAUGAAGCUCUAUACGCUCCUAUUGCUUCAACAGUGCAGCAAGUCUUCCAAGCCAAUCACAGAGUUGCAGAUAAUUCAAUGGGCAAAUAGUAGCUUAGAACGGGGAGGUAAGCAAACUCGUAUUACAGGUUUUAAGGAUCAGUCUAUUUCAACAAGCAUUGUUAUUUUGGAUUUGAUUGACGUCUUGAGGCCAAAGUCCGUCAAUUACUCACUGGUCAGGGCAGGCAAUGAUACUGAAGAGAAAUUAAUGAAUGCUAAUUAUGCAGUCUCGCUUGCACGAAAGAUUGGCGCUAAGGUUUAUGCAUUACCAGAAGACAUCGUUGAGGUGCGACCAAGAAUGGUGAUGACAGUGUUUGCCUGCCUAAUGGCUCGGGAAAUCCUUGAACACAGUAAUAAAGUGUAA